AUGUCUGAGACAAAGCAACAAGUUGAAUCGUCGCCGAGAGACAAGUUGAACCGGACGAGUUCAACGGAUCCCAAUGGCUCAGGCAAUAACGGCGCCGAAGAGGAGUCAAAGCACUCGCCAAGUUACCGCCAUGUCCCGCAGUUUGCAGCCUCUCAAUUCACCCUAACCACGACGGUUGAAUCGCCGGCCGAGAAGGGCCCAGUAUAUAAGCUGUCUAAAGCGGCCAUGAAAUUCCAUCUUGGCGGCCCGAAUGGUGGUCGAGAGACAAGAACAAAAGGUCCGAAAGCGCCUUCUUGCGAACAGAUCAAAGCGUUGAAAACAGCACAGAGCACGCGUGAGCGGCAGGACGGGCGAAAUCAAGUUCACCAGCCCUUACCGACGGCUUUCGAAGUCGGCAUGAUCUCCCAUAAUUUGCCCAACCGUAGCUCGUUUCACGCUAAUUCGAGGCUGAAAGGAGACCGGGAUCGAGUGAAAAAUUUCAGAAGGAAAAGUACCGGCAGCAUAUUGGGGCAACAUGACGCUCCCCCAAUCGACAUUUUGGAGUUGGCUGAUGUAUUGUUCUUCUCGCCAAUCAGGCCUGUCGCUACUGGGGCACCAGGUGAACACAGAGUCGACUGGACCCAAAGUGACGAGGCAAUGGCUGCCAGGGCCAUCAACAUUCCGCAACAGUCACAGCCCAAGUUGCGGAAACCGGAAUCGAGGUGGGCUCUACGGGGCCGUUUGGGAAGCUUCGGACGACAUUCCAAGGAUGAUAAGCCCUUGUCGCCUCCUUAUCAAAAGUCGCCCCAGGAUCUAUCACCGAAGUCUCCUAUUAGCGGGUUUUUUUCACGAUUUAAACGAUAG